CGCGACGUCUUCCCCAGGGCGAUCGAGAUCGACGCGGACAUCGCAUCUCUCCAGGAGGACGUCGCCUCCCUGGCCGCCGGCACAGACGCGGAGAAGCGGGCGCUGGACUCCGAGCUCCAGCGGCUGACCUCUCUGGUGACGACAUUCCACCGCCACAUGGAACAAAUCCUGCCGGGCCUCUCCUCGGGUGGCCAUCCCAGCGGCGGUGCCAGAUAG